UUCACACAGGUCUCACCAGGCCUACAUAAAGCUAAAUGAUCGCAAACCAGAGAACAGGAAUGCCUCUAGUCUUGAUUCUAAAGCGAAGGUGGGUGGCUUUAGUGGACAAAUGGGUUAAAUCCUAUCAACAGCGAUUCGUCACAGAAAAAAAGCAAGCUGUUGAGGACUCUUUUGUUCAGUUGUCGAUAAGAUUUGACACAUCAGCGAUUUUCUCUCAUGCAUGAGUAUUUUGAUGGAAGAUUCCAGAUACUUUCUUAUUCGACUCUACUGAAACAGGCCAGUCAAACGAAGAAAGAGUAUAAAGCUUUCCAUUUAUAUAUGAGACAAAUUUCAGCUUGGUAAAAUGCCAGUAACCUAGCCAAAACGUUACCGGUUUACGAAACGAGGAAUAGGGCAUAUUCAAAGGAGAACGGCAACUAAAUUGAAGGAUUACGGUGUCAAAAUCGGAAGAACGAGAGUGAAGAAUGGCAGCCAGUUUGUCAGCGGAGGAAGAACAGGCUACCAAACAGUUUCUGGAGGAAAUCAACAAGUGGACCACUCAGCAUGGAGUGACCCCGCUGUCCUGGGAAGUGGCCGUCAAGUUCCUCAUGGCGCGCAAGUUCGAUGUGCUCCGAGCCAUUGAGCUCUUCCACAGCUACAGGGAGACACGUCUGAAAGAGGGCAUCGUCAAACUACAGCCUCAGGAGGAACCUCUGCGCUCGGAACUGCUCAGUGGGAAGUUCACUGUGCUGAGUGUGCGAGACCCAUCAGGCGCCUCCAUAGCCUUGUACACAGCCAAGCUCCACCACCCCAACAAGACAGGCAACCAUGUUGUCCUGCAGGCUCUCUUCUACCUACUGGACCGGGCUGUGGAGAGCUUUGAAACUCAGAGAAACGGCCUGGUGUUCAUUUAUGACAUGGCGGGCUCCAACUACACCAACUUUGAGCUGGACCUCAGCAAGAAGAUUCUCAACUUACUCAAGGGGGCGUUCCCUGCCAGGCUGAAGAAGGUGUUGAUAGUGGGCGCCCCUGUCUGGUUCCGCGUACCCUACAACCUGCUGAGCCUGCUGCUUAAGGAGAAACUCCGGGAGAGGGUCCAGAUGGUCAAAAUGUCCGACCUCCGCCAACACCUCCCCCAGAACUGUCUCCCUGAGCACCUGGGUGGGCUGCUGCCCCUAGACGCCCAUGGCUGGAACCAGCAGCUCCUGGCUGGGCAGAACGGCCGUGUGGACCCCGUUGAUGAGCUGGUAGGCAUCCCCCUGGAGGACUCGUCGGUCCACACCCCCGGGCUGGAGGCCAUGUGCCUGCCGGAGCUCAUGGCCCACCUGGGUAGGCUCCAGCGCUCUGGCAUAUACCUGGAGUAUGAGGAAAUCCGCAAGGAGCAACCGCCAGGGACCUUCCACUGUGCCCUGACUGCAUACAACCAGGAGAGGAAUCGCUAUGGGGAUGUCCUGUGUCUUGACCAAACAAGAGUUAGUCUGAAAACAAGAAGAAACGAGAGAUCGGACUACAUCAACGCCAGCUUCAUGGAUGGCUACAAACAGAAGAAUGCGUACAUCGGUACUCAAGGACCACUGGAGAAUACCUAUGGUGAUUUUUGGAGAAUGGUCUGGGAGCAAAAUGUGCUAGUCGUUGUCAUGACAACAAGGACGGACGAGGGCGGUCGGAAGAAGUGUGGUCAGUACUGGCCUCUGGAGGAAGGUGGCCAGGAUGUGUACGGUCACAUGGCUGUGGUCAACCAGAGAGUGGACAACCACUCCCACUACAACCAGACCACCCUGGAGCUGUACAACAUGGAGAAUUGUGAGCAGAGGCAGGUGACCCACUUCCAAUACCUGAGCUGGCCCGACUACGGCGUCCCCACUUCGGCCUUGACGCUCAUCGACUUCCUGGGGGCCGUCAAGAGGCAGCAGAGGCAGGCGGUGAAGGGCAUGGGGCCCCAGUGGAGCGGCCACCCCCUGGGACCCCCCAUGGUGGUUCACUGCAGUGCGGGCAUAGGCAGAACAGGUACCUUCUGUGCCCUGGACAUUUGUCUGUCCCAGUUGCAGGACGUGGGGACACUCAACGUGUGUCAGACGGUGCGGUGGAUGAGAACGCAGAGGGCCUUCACGAUCCAGACCCCCGACCAAUACUACUUCUGCCACAACGCCAUCCUGGAGCAUGCUCAAAGACAGGGCCUGCUCUCAGCCAAUCAGUGAUGCCAGGGGGUCGCCUCGUAGUUCUCGCAGCCCAUCAGUGAUGCCCUGGGUGUUGUCUUAGCCAAUCUGAAUCCAGGGGACACUUUGUAGCCAAUCAGCAUGCCCGCUUCUAGGGAUUGCCAUCACUUAUUCAACCCUUUUAAGAGCCCUCUAAGACCAACUCAUUCCUCCUUCUGACUCGAUCACUUCUGACCGAGCCAACGUUGUGAUGAAAAAUAUUAGAUAGAUAGUAAGACUCAGUAACAUACAAGACACAGCAAGCUGGCAACAAAUGUGUCAGUUCUGUGUCUUCUGAUUUAAGAUUUUGAAUCAUUAAGUGGCCAAUCUUUCUGUGUCUAUGCCAGUCUGUCGUUAGUGUUGUGACAUACUGCACACAUCCGUUUUGGUGUCUGGUGUGAUCCAGGUACUUGGCAGUAACCGAUGACAAGAACUUUGCGCUCAACAUACUUUUUAAAGAAUCUAUCACUUCUGUGACCAGUUCAGUGACCUCUGAGAAGGCCUUGAUAAUGUUAGAGGCGUGAGUGUGUCUCUCUCUCUUGCUUUCUCCCUCUCUCACAUUUAACGACUAAUAAGUGCACACAUUAUCUUACUGGUCAAUAAGACUGAUUUGUAGUAUCCCUCAAGAAGUCACGGUUCAAGUUAUUGUUUAAUAUUCCUAUGCAUGGACCACCAUUUAUUUGUUUUAGUAGUUUGGGCAAUGUAAACCCCAUGUCCUACCAAAUAGAAAUCGUUUAGCUACAUUCUCAAGUCUACUUUCCUAUAUUAUUUGUUCUGUAUUUUUAUUUUGUCAAUAAUAUCCACAUAGGCUCACCGUCCCUAUUUUGCAUUGUUCUUGAAAAACUCAAGAGGAACAUUUCCUCUUAACUUUAACUUCUCCUUUAGCUGAUUGAAUCUAAUGGCUACAUGUAGAAGUUGCCCCUGAUAUGCAUGCAGACUUAUCUCAUUUUACCCUACCCCCAAUCCAAGCCUCAAUGAAGAUAAAUUGCAUAGAUGACCUUAAAUUGAACUUAAAGUAACGCUACACCUGUAAAAUGUUUGUGAGUUGCUGAUAAUGUUGCCAUCUCAAUGCAUUUCCUGCAGAUCGAAGAAUUAAGGGCUGGCCUCCUCACAACACAGCCUUCAUUGUAAGUUAUUCACAUUGGCUGUUCAAACGUUUCUUGUGAAAACCUUGUGAUCAUGACAUUAAAUGUUUGGUCGCCGCUGCUUUUGCUCAAUAGUCGUUACGUAUUCUUCAGUGAGACACUGUCAUGUACUUCUGUUGAGCCGCCAAUGCUGCGAUGAACAUGAUGUAGGAAGGCCAUAACUCUGCUUCUGCCUUAAGACCCCAGUCUUAGACCUCACCUCAGUAGAGUGGAAUAUACUUUUAUACACAGCCAUGUUGAAGCACUUUGAAAUGGCUGUUCCCGUCGUGCUUUAAAGAGAUUACAGUUCUUGUGGUGGUAAAGUGCAUUUAUGGUCAAAUUGCAAUUAUGGGAGAUUCUAUACAUGUGAUAUAGGCGUAACUUGAUUGUUACUGUUGAUUGGACCUUUGACCUUCAGGCUUGUCUGGUAGUACCAUGACAUCUUGUCAUGAUUACAUGUAUAAUAUUACAGUUCCCAUUGCUGUACAGUGUCUUUGCAUCAUAUUACAUGAUAUCUUGUCGUUGGAUAAAAGAAUGUGUUCUUUGCUACUGAAUUCAUAUUGAAUUUGCUUGUAGUGGAGCCUCAUUUAAGUCUGCCAUCCUCGUGCACUCUUAGUGAUUUUAGAAUGAUUACUUUCAAUGAAGGACAGUGUGACCAAUUUUAUUUUUCUAUUGUAUUCAACAACUUUUUCUUACAAGUAUUCAGACUUUAAAAGUAUAUACUUUAAAUUGUAUUAUAUUUACUCUGUUAUAACCUAUAACUUUUUAUUAGUACGAUUGAGGACAAUUGAAUCAAAUUAUGCUGUAUGAAAAACCAACAUUUGUCUUCACGUGUACAUUUCAAAUGGUUCUGUCUUAUGACCCAAUUCAUUUGUUUUGCCAAUUACGUUUUCCAACCAAAGGAGAUUGGGAUAUGUUCAAUAACAUUUCAAAGGAAGACAGUGUAUACAGCAUAUUAAAUGAACAUUUUUAAUUCAUAA